AUGGAGGCGAUGUUCAAGUCCAAGCUGAAAGGCUCAGAAUGGCUCCCAUGGCAGAGCUGCAUCGAUUCGCUGCAGUCCGUGGGGUGCACAUUGCAGGAGGCCAAAUCCUUCCUCAAGGAGUACGGCUCGUGGAUACGUGUGAAAGACUUCUUGGACAUCCUCUUCGCCUCUCCGAAGGAGAAGCAGAAGUUGGAAGACUUCAUGAAGAUGAAGAAGCCUAUUAGUUUGUGCUUGCCACUUCGAAUCACUUUCAAGCUGAGGGAGACGCCGUCCGUGCUCAGCAACAUGGCGGACAAAACGUUCGCUGGUCGCAUCAAACCCGGAGCUAAGUAUUGCUAUGCAUCUUACCCAGGCAAGUUCAAAACUGGAUUCGAGGCGCUCUCCAGUGAUGUCGGUGAGUUCGGCGAUCAGAGUGUCGCUUGCGUCUACUUUUGCAAGAAAGAGGAUGGCUUGGGCAGUCACCACCCUGACCCAGAAGAUAGCAAAGGACGUUGCUACUGUAGAAGAAUCUACGGUGAGGGCAAUGAUUCGAACAGAGAUUAUCAGACAUUUGGAUACAUCCAUUGGAUUGGGGCGCCCUAUGGUGAGAAGAUGGCGAACGCACAGAAAGUGGCGGAGGCCAUGAAUGCCGUCCUGGUUCGGGAGGAUGCCAGCGAGGAAGAGAAAACUCACGCGAUCAGAGAGGCCAAGAGGCGCUGGAACCAGAGUGGUCGGGUUGCAGCCUGGGGUUGCCUUUGGCUUCAUGUGUGGUUUGGACACAUGAAGGAAGCAGUGAAAAGACGUCAGCGACUCAAAGUCGUAUACUAUCCCGGCAUGGUCGGGAAAGGUAAAGUGACGAUGAAAGACUUGCAAGACCCGAAUGUGUCUCUCUGGGAUUCGGACCCCAAGAACAGAGGUCUCGGCGGGUCUCAGAAGGCCGAAGUGGCCAUUAUAGAAGACAUGAGAGAACUAGAAGGUGCUGCAUGGGACUACGAUGAAGUUGAUGUCUCCGAAUUUCUCAAGGACUCCUUUUCUCCUGGCAACACAGUUGCUGCUUUGGAUGGGCAUGAAUGGAAAAGAGGAGUCAUCAUUGGAGUUGAUGGCCUGCAGUGGAAAGUGCGGUGUCAGCGGACAAACCAAGUACUCACAACAGACCGUGUUCGGCAUGAGAGCGAAGCAGUGGAGAAGUUUGCCACCAUUUUCUCUGAAGCUUUCGGUGCUUCUCUUCCAGAUGGUGAGGUUGUAGCAACAUGCCCCCGCGAGGAGAGGCUUGAGGAUGGUGUUCUGACAAUGAGGUUUGAUCUUCAGUGCAAAGACGUUGCGGCGCUGAAGGCAUUGUGCAGUGCAGUGUUGUCUGGGCAUUUGGAGUCUGCAAUCCAGGAUAGAGAUGACUUCGGUCGGUUGAGCGCGGGAGUGCACAUCGAGAAGACUGAGUUUGUGAAGGCCUACAAGCAUGUGCUGAUGAGCUCCAUCGAUCUGACGCCGCAUCAAGAGGAGAAGGUCAAAGAGCUAGAAGGAGAUGGAGACUUCCACCUCUCAGCGGCAGCUGGAUCAGGCAAGACCUUCGUGGCAGUGCGGAAGGUUCUUUUGACGCUGGACGCAAAUUCAGAAGGUCAAGUAUUGUUCGUCGCUCCCACGAAGGCCUUGUGUUUGCACUUCCUCCAGUGGUUUGUGGCAAUGCAUGGCGGAGAUGAAGCAGAUGUGGUGAAGCAGUUUGCACGGCUUAGGCUCAUGUAUGCUCCCUACAACAGUUGCAUGACUGCUAGCCUCAAAGGCAAUAAAAUAGAACUUGCAAAGGAUGAAGGCCCGAACAUUCAGUUUGUGCUUUCAAUUGUGGAUGAGGCUCACGACAUUUUUCGCACAGAUGUCGAGCAAGGAGUGCUUAGAGAGAUUUUGUUGCACAGCUCCAAGCAGAGGAUCCUCCUCUCGGACGCAUCCCAGUCGGGGGCCGUGAAGCAAAACUAUCCUAAAGAAAUCCAAUUUCAGGAAAAACAUCUCAGCCAAGUGGUUCGCAGCACCGACCGAAUCGUUCUGGGUGCAAAAUCUUUUCAAUUGCCUCCCGAGUCUUCCGAGCAGUUGCCAACUGAUGAAAGCUCCUCGAGCUGCGCUGGUCCACCUUUGAAGACCUUCCUGUUUGAGCCAGAAGAUGCGGCAUCGCCUUCGCCACCAUUCCAAGAGUAUUGCCGGUACACCAUCUCUGCUCUCCGGCAUGUGAUCUCAUCAUAUCCAGACCUAAGGCUUCAUCAUUGCGUGGCCAUCAUCGUUCCCAACCCUGAUUUUCUCAACAGGUUCAAGCCUGUUUUGGAGAAGGUGCUGCGCGACCCAAUUACACACAAGAGUUUUCUUGUCCAACACAAAACGCCACAGCUCCCGGCUCCGCUGCCUCGGCCUCCGCAGCUGUCGGCUCCGCUGCCUCGGCCUCUGCUGCCUCCGCCUCCGCUGCCUGCGCAGCUGUUGCCACCAAGGAAGCCAGACCCAGCUGACCAAGAUGAGCUUGCUGGCAAGAAUUUGCGGUUCAUUGACUUUGAGGAGUCGUUGUCUUACAUAGUGACAUCAGAUACGGUGGAGAACUGCAAGGAGGAGUGCAUCAUUCUGGAUUCCGUGGACAACGCCAAGGGGCUUGAAGAGCUCAUUGUCAUAUCAGUUGGGAUGGAUGCCGAGAUCGGUUCUGAAGGUGCAGCUGUUCCGUCCUGA